AUGGGACAGGCAACCAAGGCGCAGGCGCUCCGGUCUCUAUAUCCUUACCACAAUAUCGGCCGUCAUGGUAAAGUGGGCUUUGCUCGGCUGCACCUGUCAAGCACGGCCGCAUCGUAUCCUGUAAUAGUCAUAGAAUGUAGUCACACGCGAAACUCGAGGGCCGAGCCCUCACAGCGGGAGCCAGCUUGCCGGUAUCACAUCCAAAACGGCCACAACCGGUCUUACCAGGACAUUCAAAACCUGCUCUACCGGCAUGGCUUGCUCCCUCUCACAGACGUUCUGUGUCUCUUUGCAGCCGACCUUGGGGGUUUUAGUGGUGUCCAGGCACUCCUUGGUUCCUGGAAUUUAGCACCGCUCUCUGGGCUUGAUGGGACUGGCCCAAUCCGUCCACGCUUGGUUAUUGUCCUGACAGAUCCCGAGGAUGGGCCGCAUAAUUUUGCAGUUAUUGAAAGUGCACUGAAAACUGCAGCGAUGCCCAACCUGGCCGCUUCUGUGACUGUCGUAGACCUCCGCGGCCGGAACCAGUUAUCGCCAGCAAGUCGCUUUGAGCCCCUUCGUCGACAGCUAUUGCUGGAGCUUGAGACGUCUCGGGCCGUCCGAUCCCAGGCACAUCUUCUAUUUUCGGCAGUACACCUGGAAUGGAUCUUCAGAAACUUGCUCCGGCAUGUCGCCCAUGGGCCCCCAUCCCCAUUCAACUGCAUCCAGGCAUGUCGUCGAGAUUAUCAGGGGGGGGAGAUCGCCGCAUCUUCUCUGCGCACCUUUUUGGGCAUUGCCAAACAGGCUGGCUCGCCUUAUCAAUCAGUCGUGACUUUCGUCGCCUCGGCGUUUCUGAUGGAUGCCUAUCCCCCGGGAAUGCAUGAAUUUAAUCCGACUAUUGUCUUUCGCCAUCUCUAUGCCGGUCCCUGUGCGGCAGCGUGCCUGUCAUCCAAACCAGCUCAUGUCCGCCGCUUCUGCCGUGACUUAGAAGCAGAGUUUGCAUUGCUGUUCACGGCGCUGUCAACCAGUCCCUCUGCUCAGAUCCGACGUGCGGUGCUUCAACGCGAGGUUGCAGUCUGGGCAAAAGUGAAGUCAGGCCACAUCUGUCUGUUUUGCUUACUUCAUCCUCCGGAGCAUGUGCUGCCAUGUGGGCACACCAUGUGUGACACAUGUGUGUGUAUCUUCGGCAGCCAGGCUCGCGGCGCUGAGUACCACUUCAAGCUUUCUGCCUGCCCAGCUUGCUUUGAAACCUUCUCACUUACGGUCCGGCUACUUCCACCAACCAAGCGGCCUACUAUCCUGGUUUUGGACGGGGGGGGGAUUCGCGGAGUGAUCACCUUAGGGUUUCUCAAAGCUCUUGAAGAACAGAUUGGCGGGUCGCGAGGGCUGCGUGAGGCGUUUGAUCUCACUGUGGGGACUAGUGCCGGCGCUGUCAUCGCAUCCGAGGUAGUCGUCCGCGGAGCGUCUAUCAACGAGGCUUCUUCCAAGUUCAACUCUCUAGCACGGCAGAUAUUUCCCUUACGGCCCCGUCGGUACACGUUUUUGGGACAGUCGUGGGACUUGCUAUCAACCUGGAUGAUGGAUAGCCGUUAUGACUCGGACAAUCUCGACCGAGCCCUGCAGGAAGCCUUUGGCCCCACUCGGCGCCUGUUUGAUACAACCGCACCACUAGUGUCUGGAAUCCGCGUGGCACUAACGGCCAGCCAGGUAACUGACGGCUCACUCUGUCUCUUCCCCAACUAUCGGGCCGCUGGGCGGUCCAACAUGCAAUCAGCUCACAGCAUAUUGACAUCUAAUGACGAACCACUUCUGUGGGAAGUUGCGCGAUGCAGCGUGGCUGCCCUAGGGUAUUUCACGCCCAAGUCUCUGACCGAAGCUGGCACGCUGCAGGAUGGAGGUAUCCGGGCCAACUGCCCGCUCCGCCCCGCCCUCCGUGAAAGUGAGAUUAUCUGGCCUUCAGCGACGAGACCUGACCUCGUUGUCAGCAUUGGAACCGGCUAUGCUGUGGAGGAACCCGCGACGCCCCCAGAGGACCACCACCGUCGACGACAUGACAGCUUCAUUGAACGGGCUGUCCGAACAUUCCUAUCCUCGCCUGCUGUGGAUGCAAGACGAGGCUGGCAGGACGCUCUGGACAGUGUCCCAGCGGCCGUCAAGAAGGAUGUGUUCCGCCUUGACCGCGCAAUACCAGGUAAGCUGCCUGAGCUGGAUGAUGCUCGCGCGCUCGAUGAGUUGAGUGAGUAUGAGUAUCAAAUCCCGGACGAGCUCGCACGUGCUUGGUUGGUCAAGUCAUUCUUCUUCGAAUUAGAUGAGGAACCAAUCUUGGUAAAGAGUAUAUAUGACUGCCAGGGAUCCGUUCUAUGCUGCAAGUACGAUGCGGCAGGGAUGGCCGCGAUCUCGGUGCGGUCAAUGUAG